UUCGAUAGUAAACCUCGAGUAGUAUCGUUUGUAAUCGGAUCGGAUCACGACACUCUGACCUGCGCAGUUUAGUAAAUAUACCAAACAUCAGUCUAAUCACACUUGGAGUAAAGCCGUUGAGCAAAGUGGAAGCGUGUUUCUGAAGUGAAAGUGGGGGAAAACUAUAACAAAUCGGUUACUGACAUCGGAAAAAUUUAUCCCGGUUAUCUUAUCAGUGAAGCCAGGCGUUAUUUACAACGCGUGCGUCACGAUGAAAACCGGCUUCAGCUUGCAGUCGGCCGAUGCAGCACUAGUCCGAAUACCAGCCCCGCGAUUUUUAUGGGCCAUGCCAGUGGCGAUAAACACUUCCUUGUACGCGUACCCAGCCGAAAUCUGGGAGCAGAUUCCGGACAAAGACAUCAUCAUCAAGCUGACCAUUCUGAUUCCGAUCGUGUUGUUUGGGAUUCUUGGAAAUGUUGUCCUGCUAGAGAUAAUCUUCUCGAAUCGAUCGCUGCGAACCGCAACCCAUCUGCUGAUCGCCAAUCUGGCGUUGAUCGAUCUCGUAACGCUGUUGCUGUGUCCGCCGAUGUUCUUGCUGCACGAUAUCCAUCAGAGUUACGUGCUCGGGUCGGUGGGUUGCAAGUUGGAGGGGUUCAUCGAGGGUGGCCUGCUCAUAACGUCCGUUUUGGCACUGUGCGUCGUCAGCUACGACCGGUUGGCGGCGAUCGUACUGCCGUCCAAGGCUCGACUCAAGAACACCAGUGUUGCCGUGGCCACCGGACUCUGCUGGCUGGUGGGUUUCGCCGCGUCCCUUCCGUUUGCGAUCUACCGAAAUUAUCGCGAACGCAACUGGAGCAACUUUCACGAAACGUUUUGCGCUGAAGAUCGUCAAGUUAUGCCACUUUAUUGGGAUUUGAUCGUGGUGUUGCUGGUUUGGUUGCCGUUGGGGGUGAUGCUGGUGACUUACAGUGCCAUUCUGUGCAAGCUGGACCACUAUGAGAGGAGUGCGUUGAAUCGGGAGCAUCCGAUGGUUGUGAGGUACAAGAGUCGAGUGGCUAAAACGCUUUUCGUAGUGCUGAUGUCCUUUGUUGUGGUGAGGAUUCCCUUUACGGUUAUGAUUAUGGUGUACUACAAGGACGUUAACGAUGGAAAUACUUUUGAGGUCAGUGAGGGCUUCGUUAUGGUGUGGUGGUUUGCCAAGGUUGCCUUCAUCUUUUUGUACUCGGCGGUGAAUCCGGUUAUUUAUGGGAUGACGAAUCGAACCUUCCGGAAGGCGUUCAAGAGCUCCAGAAUUCUCAGUAUGAUUUGUCGAUUUGAGGAAAAGCAGAACCCCGACAAGCCGCCCAAAGGGCGAAUAUUGACAUUUUCGCGAAAAAUGCUCUGGCCUCGAGAGCCUUGCGUUGAUGACCAAAAUAACGAGGAAAAGUUUUUGAACCGAGUCCAAGGUAAAUCAAGAUAUGUGCCAAAUUGGCUAAAUUCCACUAUUCGCAUCAAGGAUCGAAAUCGUAGUGUUAUAAAGGCUGACAGUAAAUCUCCGGAUGGAAAUGGUACAAAGUCUUCUAAUGAGACAGCACAAAAUUAACAUUUAUUUUCAGCUGCGAUUUUUAUAACCGUGUACAUUUCUCCCUUUGUAUA